AGAGAGGGGUGGAGAGACCUCGCUAGUUAUCCUGGUCUCUCCUUUUCUUCCCCACGCCCCUCCCCACCCCCCCUUUCCCCCAUCACUCUCCCUCUCUCUCUCUGCCCUCCGUCUCUCGCUCGGAGAUUCUCUUCCUACUCCCCUCGGGAUCUCGUCCUUAACCCCGAACACGCCCUGCUCUGGGCAUGCCGACGCGCCCGCAUGGGCCCCGACGACUACCUAGCGUGCAAUAAGACAUCCCGCUUCGCGUUUUGGGGUCAUUUGGAGAAAAUUUUCUGAUCGCGGCUUCGGAGAGGAGGGGGGGAUGGCUAGCUAGCAGAGAGAGGGCUGAAGGCUGACGAACACGGCUCCAAAGGGGGCGAUCCAACCCGUGUCCGAACAGGAAUGCCUGCGUAUGCCCCGGCCCUUGGUUGUCCCGCAGGCCCCGGCGUCGCAGCCGCGUGCCUGGUCGUCGGGUGCUGACCCCAGUUUGUCUGGAGGUCUGGAGGCUGCUUCGUCGUGAUGUCGCGGCGAUACUUAAACCCAGCGAGUCUGGCCUCCCCCCUCGGGCUCCUUUGGCCAGGGAUUCUCCAUACUUCUCCGCACUUUUGCCCUCUGUCCUGUUACCUUGGCAAAGACAACUACCAACCAUGCAGGGCAGGCUGUCGCUGAGCAAGCCGUUCUUGACCUCCCUAUUCCUCGGGAUAGGCGGGUUCCUCUAUGGCUUUGAUUCGGGCAUCAUUACGCCGACUCUGGCGCUCAAGAACUUCUUGGAUUACUUCAACAGGCCCGAUGCGCCUACGCGAGGCGCCAUCGUAUCCGUUUUCCAGGCAGGAGCAUGGCUUGGUAGCGCCUUGGUUGGCGUCACUAGUGACAAGUUCGGUCGACGGAAGGCGAUUGCAUUCGGAUGUGUCUUUGGGGCCAUCGGAGGAGCCCUCAUGGCCGGUGCGGCUCAUGUUGCUAUGUUGAUUCUCGGCCGUCUCUGUGUCGGCUUUGCCGUUGGAACUAUUACCGGAGUGGCUCCUGUUUUCGGCGCUGAGAUUGCGAAGACACACGAACGCGCAAAGAUAACGGCAGCGAACCAAAUGAUGGUCGCUUGGGGAUUCUUCGUCGCGCUAUGGACGGGGGUAGGCGAAGGUCGAUGGGAUAAUGUCAACCAAUGGAGACUCGGCUUCGCGAUUCAGGGAAUCCCGGCGAUCGUGCUCGGCGUAGGUGUGCUGUUCAUUGGCGAAUCUCCGCGCUGGCUUUGCUUGAAGGGCCGUCACGAAGAGGCUAUGGCAGCCUUUCGAAACUACCACUACGACGGGACUAACGAGGAGUGGUGCGAUUCCGAAUUCGGCAUCAUCCAGGCCAACAUCGCCGAAGAGAAGAGGGUUCAGGGCCGCCUCUCGUGGGCCGAUCUUGUCAAGACUCCGCCGUUCCGGAAGCGCCUUUUCGUCGGAUCCUUCGUCUGGGCUGCCGCCAUGUUGUCGGGCAUAUCGUUCGUGCAGUACUACCAGACGGCCAUCUAUGCGACUCUCCAGUUCGACCAGAAUGAGCAGUUGCUCGUCAGCGGCCUCUACGGCACCGUUGCCCCCGUCGCGUGUCUGGCGUCUCUCUUCUUCGUCGAUCGCGUCGGCCGGAAGAAGAUCCUCGUGGGAAGCUCUGCGCUACUGUUGGUUUGCUACAUGAUCAUUACCAUCAUUGCUGCGGUCUAUCCCGCAACGCCAGGUGUUCCUACGAAUGUUGCUGCACAGCGAGGUCUCAUCGCUUGCAUUUUCGCUGUUUCGGCUAACUACUCGGCUCUGCUGGGCCCCAUGACCUGGAUUAUCCCCCCGGAGGUCUUCACUACAGAGCUGAGGGCCAAGGCGAAUGCCGUCGUCCAGGUCAUCCACUAUUCCAUCAGCUUGGUCAUCACGCAAUGCUCACCCAUCGCACUGGCAGCCGUGGGCUGGAAAUAUUAUAUCCUGUUUAUCCUCACCAACGCACUCUGCACAUUCGUAUUUGCGUUCGCCUAUCCGGAGACCAAGGGCAAAUCUUUGGAAGAAAUAGACGAGCUCUUCGGCGACGUCAAGGUCGUCCACGAGACAGCGAGAAAGAUGUCCGUCGAUGAGGAGCACGCAGUGGAUGCCUUGGAAGUUCACGCCGAGAAGUCCAGCACUCAUACCAGAUAAUCGCCAAGUUAUACAUCACAUUCAUGGGUGUUGCACACUAUUGAUGGCCUUCAAAGAUGCAUAAACGAGCGUCUGCCCAGACUUAUAUACGAGCGACAUACAUGUAGAAUAAACAAGACGUUAAUAUGAAACCCGAACAUGACGCUAGUGUGUACGGCUCUGGGACCGCGGUCCCUCCGUCCCGCCUCUCUACGCCCGGUC